AUGGCAUAUGACCCCUACCUCGGUAUCACUGCUCACUACAUUGAUGCACCCAUAGAUAAGCCAACCGACUGGGAACUCAAGUCGAGGACCCUUGCCUUCACUGGCAUUGAUGGUGAUCAUGGUGGUGCCAAUAUGGCUCGCAUCAUUACCAGAGUCGUUGACCACUAUGGUCUUGCUGGCAAUGAAAGUAUUGCAGGUGAGGUCGAGGUCGAGGAUGAUGAAGACUGGGUUCAUGCUAUGGAGCUUGAGGAGCCUGCUCUCGAGGGUGAGGAAGUAGAUGAGGUUAGUCUUUUGCCCCAAGCAAAGACAUACUUUGCCACGAUUUGUAAGAAGGAGGGCCUAGCCCCACUCCAGCUUAUCAAGUGGAUUCAAACUCGAUGGGGCUCCAUGUGUGACCUCAUCGAGCGACUCAUUGUCAAUUGUACAGUAUGGGUUAUUUUCCUAAACCGUUCUUCGAAGGUUCCAAAGCUCAAGGGUAAGAAGUAUGCUGACUAUGCAAUCACUGAUGAGGAGUGGAAUAUGCUGUCCCUCAUCGAAGAGGUGUUGAAGGAGCCUCGAGAUGCCCAGUCAAUGUUCUCUUCUGAGAAUCAGCCCACUGUGGGCAGGACUAUCCCAACUCUUGAGACACUUCAGGAGUGCUGGGUGAGGUUUGCAAGUAUGCUGAAGUUCAUAAAGCUCAAGACUGCCUUGAACAAGGGACUCAAGAAGCUGAAGAAAUAUUACCGCCUUGUUGACCAGAACAAUGUCUCUUUUAUUAACUUAGCCUUGGACCCCAACUUCAAGCUCAAGUAUACAAAAGAACAGUGGGACCCAGAGUAUUAUGAUGCAGGUAUGAUUUUACUCAAGGAAGUGUUUAAUGUAUAUGCAGCCAAUGCUGCAUCAAAUGAAGUACUAGAGGUUUCACCUCCAAAACCUGAUUCACCUAUCAAGGGGGGUGGAUAUGGCUCUACCAUGAUGCGUAAGGUAAUAAAGGCCCAUAUGGACUGUGAACCACGUGGCCAUGACUCCCACCAAGAGCUCAAGCAUUAUCUUAAGAGCCCUCUUGAGACUGUGGAUGAUUUGGUUAAGUGGUGGGGUGUACUGUGGGAAUUUCCCCACUACACCAAAAACAUCACCUAUUGGGAAUCUCCACAAUAUCAAUUAUUCCCACACCCUUCCCCACCUCACUGCAGCUUCACCACCACACCACAAUAG